GAAAAGGAUGGAGAGAAGAGUCGAGACAAAGACGAGAGGAGAGAGGCGAAGGCCAGAGAGAGAUGUAUGCUGAACGGACAUCACUUCAGCAUGGUCUCCUCCCAGACACAAUCCUCCUCCUGCCACCAAUGCAGCAAAACCAUCAACACUAAGGAUGCCUUUCUCUGCACCAAUUGCAAUUCACAUGUUCAUAAGAGUUGUAGAGAAAGCCUGCCUGUCUGUGCCAAGGUGAAGAUGAAGUCGCCCAGACAGCAGUUUGCAGUUCCAGAUUCAGCCACCAUUCCUGUUGUCACCCGGAGACCAAAACGAGGGUUAAACCCAGGUGCAUUGAGGGAGCGACCCUGGUCAGCCAUCUUGUCUCCAGAAGACCACUCCUCAUUGGUUGUUCCCUCCCGAAGACAUACCUCCAUCAUACCCUUCCCGGCUCCAACCUGUCAAAGAGCAUCUCCAUAUCCAACAUCGCUGGGUGAGCAACCCUAA